AUGGCAGAGAAGGAGGCCACCAUGUACAUUGUGGACGUGGGGAGGUCCAUGGGCGAGUGCCACCAUGGCCGCCCAGUGACCGACCUGGACUGGGCGAUGCAGUAUGUUUGGGACAGGAUCACCACGACGAUUGCCACUGGUCGGAAGACGGCUACACUGGGAGUGGUCGCUCUGAGGACAGAUGAUACCGUGAAUGACCUUGAAGGUGACCCCAAUUUCGCGAAUAUUUCCGUGCUUUUGGGUCUCGGUCAGGCCCUGAUGCCCGAUAUCCGGAAGCUGCGCGAGUCGAUCAAGCCCAGUCAUACUAACAAGGGCGAUGCGGUCUCUUCGAUUGUCAUCGCCAUACAGAUGAUCAUCACUUUCUGCAAGAAGCUCAAGUACAAACGGAAAAUUGUGCUGGUGACCGAUGGCUCUGGGGCGAUGAGCGGUGACGGCCUCGAUGAGAUCACGAAGAAGAUCAAAGAGGAUAACAUUGACCUGGUAGUCAUCGGAGCAGAUUUCGAUGACCCGGAGUACGGGAUAAAGGAGGAAGAUAAAGAUCCUCGAAAGGCUGAAAAUGAAGACCUGCUUCGUAAACUUGCGGAAGACUGCGAUGGCGUAUUCGGCACUCUUCAACAGGCCAUCUCCGAACUGGAGGUUCCUCGCAUCAAAGUCACGAAGAGCAUGCCAUCUUUUAAGGGCUUUCUCCAGCUCGGCAACCCAAACGAUUAUGAUACUGCCGUGCGGAUACCGGUUGAACGGUACUUUCGAACCUAUGUCGCCAAGCCACCCUCUGCAAGUUCGUUCGUGCUGCGCUCUGGCGCUGGCACAGGUCAGGAAGAGUCUGGCAGCUCUGCAACCGUAACCGCCCCUGGAGCCAGUCAAGUUCCAGGUGAAGAAAACACACUCACUGCUGUGAGGAUGUCACGAACAUACCAAAUCAAAGAUGAGUCUGCACCAGGAGGCAAGGGGGAUGUCGAGCGAGAUGAUCUUGCAAAAGGGUACGAGUACGGACGCACCGCGGUACACAUCAGUCAGCUCGACGAGAACAUCACAAACCUGGAGACGUUUGCAGGAUUGGAGCUUAUUGGAUUUGUCCAGAACAACAAGUAUGAACGCUACCUGCACAUGUCCAACACCAACAUCAUUAUUCCACAGCGUGCAAACGACAAAGCCGCUCUUGCACUGUCCUCCUUCAUCCACGCUCUUUUCGAGGUGGAAUCGUACGCAGUGGCUCGACUGGUGACCAAAGAAGCCAAGCCUCCGUUCAUGGUCCUGCUCGCCCCUUCAAUCGAGCCAGAAUAUGAGUGCCUCAUUGAAACACAGCUCCCCUUUGCAGAGGAUGUCCGAUCAUACCGAUUCCCUCCCUUGGACAAAGUGGUCACCGUCUCAGGGAAUAUAGUCACCGAGCACCGGAAUCUCCCAAGCCACAGCUUGCAGGAAGCCAUGAGCCAAUACGUCGAUAGCAUGGAUCUGGAAUACAGAAAUGAUGACGGAGAGCUGGUUAACACACUUCCAAUUGAGGACUCUUACUCGCCACUCCUACACCGCAUCGAAUCGGCAGUGCGGCACCGCGCUGUAUAUCCCAAAGAUCCCGUUCUCGACCCAUCAGACCGCUUGACCAAGUUCGCCGAGCCGGCUGAAGAGAUGGUGAACAAGUCGCAGCCAUACCUCAAGAAACUGAUGACCAUCGCAGAUGUCAAGAAGGUUCCUCCAAGAACAAAAGGCCGCAGACGCCAACGCGAAGCAGAAAAGCCUCUCUCCGGUCUGGACGUUGACGCCCUGCUUAACCAAGAACCCAAACGGGCCAAGCUGUCUCCAGAGAACGCAAUCCCGGAGUUCAAACAACUUCUUUCCCGCGCAGACAGCGUCGAGACCAUUCUCGAUGCCGUGAAACAGAUGGCCGGUAUUAUCGAGAACCUGAUCCGCCACAGUCUUGGUGAUGCCAACUACGACCGUGUCAUCGAGGGUCUUAGGACGAUGCGUGAUGAGCUCGUUGACUACGAGGAGCCUGCGGCGUACAAUGAUUUCCUGCGGAAGCUGAAGGAGAAGAUGUUGAGUGAGGAUCUAGGCGGGGACCGGAAGGAGUUGUGGUGGCUUAUGCGGAGGAAUAGGCUGGGCUUGAUUGAUAAGGAGAUGUCUGAGAGGUCGGAGGUUGAAGCCGAGGAGGCCAAAGAGUUCUUGUCUUCCUCUGAGUGA